UUGAGAAGAGCGGCCAUUUUUAAUUUCUGCUACAGUCGGUACCCCUGCUAGUGUUGUGAUUUGAAUAUCAAUAGUUUGACUCUGGAUUGAUAUUUUCUUAAACUUUAAUGCAUUUACCAAUAACAUGAAGGAAGGGGUAUGAGUGAAAUGGGCAAACGGCAGAGAAAGGUAACCGAGACCCAGAGAAAGGAUGCAAUCAGUCAGAUACCAUGUGUUACUGCAGUGCAUAUUGAGACCAACAUUGUUCAGGAGCAAAGUACAAAAUCAACUAAAAGUAUAAAGACACAUGCAGCAAACAAUUCUGAUGACCAAAAAAUGGAUGCAAUAUUAACAUCUCCUAGUUCUAAUCCAGCGAAGAGGACAAGAAGCAAAACACUAAAGCAGAUUGUUAGGAGCCCUUGUAUUCAGAGUCCCCCAGCUUCAUUAAGAUUUGUGAAAUCUUCAACCCCAAAAGACAGUGAUGGUUCACUGAUUGAGUUGCUAAGUCCUAGACAAAACUCAUUGUUUACUAUGUCAACUCCUAUACGUCACCCUAAGAAAUGUAAGCUGCAGGACAGUUUUGUUUUCACCCCUAAAUUGAAGGAUGACAUCCUUCUGUCACAAGCAGAAUCAAGAGAAGUUGUUUGGGACUGUAACUCACCAGAUGCCAUUAAAAGAUUCAAUCAGAUGUGCCUGCAAAAAUUACCAGCUGAAAACAGGGAAAAUGAAAUCAAAGACUUGGUGAAUGACCUGGUGGAUGGUGCAAAAGUUGUGCCCUCUUGCUCUUCAACUUUGAUGGGCAUUUGGAAUUUGGAAGAUGCAGAAGAAUCCAGACCUUUUACAAGACAGAUGAAGAAAAAAGGGCGAGGAAAACUGAAAUCAACCAAGCCAAAUGUGUUGUCUAAAGAUCUUAUGGAGAAACUUGCAGAUAUCAUAAAAUUGCAAGAUGAGACAACAGAACAUGGAAAAAAUAGUAAAUCUUCAAAAGAUUUAAAAGAGGAAUUAACACAAGUGAGAGAAGUGGGUGAAUCCAAUAACACGACCAGUACACAGCCACUGAGUUAUGUGUUUGAUAAAGGAAGUGUUGUUCUUCCCUCCUCGCCAAGCACCAUGGCAGCCUUGUCACAGAUCGUCUCCCAGCUCAGCCAGACUGAAAGGGAGUCUAUACUUGAGCAGCAACGGAACGGCACACUGUUCCAGAGACGUCUGUGUGAAGAACAAGAUGAUGUUCUUGAAAAUGGGAUUGCACCCCUUGAUGAUGGCUGGGAGAGUGAUGACCUUUUCAAUGAUGAAUCCCUCAUUAAAGCUACCCAAGAGAUGUUUGAUGAUUUCCCCUUAGCACAUGCCUCAAAGACUGUUAAGAGGAAAAGUGGAAACAUCGCUGAUCUACUUGACAUCCCUGUUAAAAAAUCUGGCAGAGCCACUUUCAGUCUUGAUAGUGGUCCACCUAAUGUACUUAAUAAAAAUGUACUUGAUUAUAUUCCAACUGUAGCAAAAUCUCAUACAAACUUAACCCCUCAGAAUAUGUUGGAUUUGGUUCAACAAAAGAAAUGUCAGUCAAAUUGGACCAGUAAUGUGAAGAACAGCACUGGAGAUCAGUCCCAGCAACUGUCUACUUUGAUAAGUGCUAGUUGUAGUAGCAAGGACCCUUGUUCAAAUGGAGUUAAGGAACAUAUUAAACUAGGGAAAAAGUUUAAUUUUAAAGGGAAGAUACAAUCUACUGAACUGCAGAGGAGUAAAAUGGCGCAAACUGACUUUUCAUCCACAAAUUCAAACAAGCAUAACACAAAAUUAAACACACUGCAAAUGGAUCCAAGUAAGAAGUAUGGGUCUUCCUUGCAGCCAAAAUGUGAACUUAAAAUCCAGACAAGUAGAAAUGAAAGCUAUUCAUCAACUGGAUCGGUGCCAAAUAUCAAUGUUGUUGAUAAAUCAGAUGUUGGUCUUGGCAGUAAACAGCCUACUGUGAUCUCAGAUGAACAUAAGGUGCUGAAGUCUGGUGACUGGAAUGACAACAGUUUGACAGAUGACCUGCUGUUUCAGCUAGCAGAACCAGAUGAAGUUUUGGACGGAACGACCCCUCAUAAACCAGCGAAGGCUGAAAUUCUUAAGCCUCAAACUUGCUUAGCUGACACUAAUGCUAAAUCAAACAGAAGGCUAUGUACCAACAGGAUGUCGAAAGAAGUUAACAUAUCAAACCAAAAUGGUUCACAGGUUCAGUUUGACAAGGUGCAGGCAUCUGCACAGACUUCAGGCAAUACUGCUUCAGGAACUGAUGAAUGUGCACAUGCUAGCAGUGAUUCCUUACUUGAUGAUGAUGAUG